AGAGAGAGAGAGAGAGAUGGAGAGAGAGAGACUGCAUGGAGUGGAGGUAACAGUCUAUUGGCGCUCAAAUGGGUUAUUGCGCACACAGCAGGCUGAACUAUAGCUCCAACGACUCCAACUAGGACCCGAGAAGUGUGAGGGCGUCCGGAUCAGAUGAGAUCAGGGGAGGGGGGGCUCGAAACCGCUGCGGAAAAAAACUUGCAUGUAUUUGAUUUUCCUCCUCUAAUUGAAGAUAUUAAGUGAUGCUCGGUGUGUGGAUCGACUCUGAGGCUGCAUGAGCUGCGAUUUUCUCACCCAGAGAGCAGUUUAAUGUGCUCCUUAUUUCCCAGGAUUACUCCUUCCCUCAGUAGCGAUGGGUUCUGUGAUGUUGGACUGGAGGUUAUCAUGUCUUCUUCUGCAGGCAGCCGCCUUGCUGCUGCUCAGCGAGGGGGAGAGGAUGUGCCCCGCGAGUUGUCGCUGCGAAGGCAAGAUUGUUUACUGCGAGUCUGGCAUCUUCCAAGGCAUCCCAGAAAACAUCACGGCGGGAUGCCAGGGUCUGUCUCUGCGCUAUAACAGCCUGCUGGUUCUGUUGCCGUACCAGUUCGCUCACCUCAAUCAGCUUAUCUGGCUUUAUUUGGACCACAACGCCAUCCGAGAUAUGGACGCUUUAGCCUUCCAUGGCGUGCGCAGGCUCAAGGAACUCAUCCUCAGCUCCAACAAAAUCACUCAUCUGCACAACAACACGUUCAGCGCCAUACCCAACUUGCGGAAUCUGGACCUAUCCUACAAUCAGCUGCAGUCUCUGCAGCCGGGGCAUUUUUAUGGUCUGCGCAAGCUACAGAAUCUCCACCUUCGAUCUAACGGCCUGAAGCAGAUCCUCAUCCGUACGUUUCUGGAGUGCCGCAGCCUGGAGUUUUUGGACUUGGGUUACAAUCGCUUGCGGAGCCUCACUCGCACGACCUUCUUAGGGUUGUACAAGUUGAAAGAACUCCACUUAGAGCACAAUCAGUUUUCCAGGAUUAAUUUCUUCAUUUUCCCGCGCCUCACCAACCUCCAGGCGCUUUAUUUGCAAUGGAACCGCAUACGCUCCAUCAGUCAAGGCGUGCCGUGGACCUGGCACAAGCUACAGAAGUUGGACGUGUCGGGGAACGAGAUCCAAAUCUUGGACCCGGCGGUUUUCCAGUGCAUGCCGAACUUACAAACGCUCAACCUCGAGUCCAACAAGCUCAGCGGCGUGCCUGUGGAAGCCGUGGCGGCGUGGACCUCGCUGACCACCGUCAGCCUGGCCGGUAACGCCUGGGACUGCAGCCCCAGCAUCUGCCCUCUCAUGGGGUGGCUCCGAAACUUCAAAGACUCCAAAGACAUCAGCAUGAUAUGCAGCAGUCCCAAAUCCGUACAGGGCGAGCGAGUCGUGGAUGUGGUGAAGAAUCACUCGACGUGUGCGGACGCGUCAAAUGUUUUCUCAACCACCGUUCUUGUUGCUCUGACUUCCACCCAAGUUGUGAACAUCACAGCUCACCUUGACCUCACAACAGACCCUGGUACCGAGUCGCCCGUACAGAGGUUAACCUCUUCACCUGUCCGUCCAAGUGGGACAGACAGAAAGACAACAGAGUCCACAAACGUGAGCUCACCCAUCUCCCCUGAGCCCCCUGCAUCAUUCAUCCCAGAGCUACAGUUUGAACAUAUGGCUUUCCAUAAAAUCAUUGCAGGCAGCGUAGCCCUGUUCCUGUCAGUGGCAUUGAUCCUCCUGGUUAUUUAUGUCUCGUGGAGGCGCUACCCCAACACCAUGAGGCAGCUGCAGCAGCACUCAGUCAACCACAAGCGCAGGAAAAAGGCCCGCAAGCAGGAGCAGGACCUUAACUCUCAGCUGCAAGAGUACUACCUGAGCUACCACUCGAACUCGGAGACGAUGGACACGUUGGUGAAUGAGACGAGGCCGUGCACGUGCACCAUAUCAGGCUCCAUCGAGUGCGAGGUCUGAGCUGCCAGCUCCACCUUUGCGAGACUAAAAAGUGCGAAGCAGAGGUAAAUGGGUUUUUUUCCACAAGAUUAAGUGCUUUUAUCUCUAAUGCGAGAUGAUAGAUUCUGCAGCACUGAAGGAAAUACUUGGGGGCAUAGUACAAUAUCAUUAUGUGCACAGAAGAAGAAGACUGGAACGGAGAGAUAUAUUUGGAUCUAAUUACCACCCUGACUGACGGGAGAACAGUGGCGGGGUCAGCCAGGUUAGCUGUGUACGAUCUAACGUAACGCCUGGGCCUCUGCUACAGUAGAAGUCAGCCCUGCAGAGAGACUGACCUUAUUCUUAGUCAAACUAUGAGGCCAUAGAACCAACAAAGCCACUUUUUACUUGCUAGUUUUGAUUUUUAUUACGUAGCUUGUAAAGCAUUUAGGACAUAUGUGUGCAUCUUUGAGUGGAUGUGUGUGUGAGCGAAUGUGGUGAGGAGAUGAUCUGAUAGUCUCCUGGUUUACUGGUUGGAAGAGUUACAGUGUUGCACCUUAUUCUCAUAAGAUACUGGCCCAGUUCCAAUCCAGUCCCUACACCCUCCCACUCAGACUGUGACAGACUGAACUCCGUUUGUAGCUCACAGCUCAAUGAAGCAUCCUUCUUUAAGGUGCAGGGUAUAAAUACAGCGGCCACUUCAGGAUGAACUUCCCUCUCUCCGGCAAGGAAACUAUGAAUAAAUAUAAGAAUCAGAAAUACUUUAUUGAUUGAAAUAGUUAUGUUUUAGUCCGAAUAUAUAUAAUAAUAAUGCUGAAAAACAGGAUCUAUCAUUAAGUGUGUAAAAUGCAAGAAUAGUAGCCUAUAAAUAAAUACAAACGUUAGUUUAAAUGUACUGUAUAAACA